AUGACUGGUCGAGGAGAUGGUCGUCUCUUCCGCCCGUCCACAAAUCCUGCAGUAAAGCUAGGCCUUACGCUUACCACGUCCUCGCCGACACUCGACCCUUCUUCCUCAUCCCCCUUCUUUCUUAUCGUAACCGCUCGUAUCCUCACAUCCCCACGCCCUAACUCUGCCAUCACCCUCGCCACUCAUCUCAACGCUCUUGGCGGCCUUAGCAAUCGCUCCUUCAACAACAUUGUCUGCACAUCUCCCGUGACGGAAAGCCAAAAGCGCAUUGAGAUCUGGCCGCGUGGCUGGCCUCACUAUAUCUGGGAUGCAGACAACUUGCGCGAGAGUUGGAACUUCGUGACUGUGCCUGCGAACGGAAUGUUGGAGACCAGGCAUCAGGUGGACCGGACGAAGAUAGCAGAGGCCGGGCUGAAAGCAGGAGAGAGAUAUCAGGCUUCACUCACAAAUAAGUGUCUAGGGACAAGAUGGUGGGCGUUAGGAUCAUUGGAGGAAUUUGAGGGUGUGAGGUUCAGGGGAUGGGAGGAAGGAGAGGAGGGGGAAGGGGCAGAUGAUGGAGGGAGAUAUCUCAUGGGUGGAGCUCCAGAUGAUCUAGCCUUUGUGAUCGAAAAGGAGACGGCGGAAUUUGAGAUUGGGCAAAUGGUCGAGUGA